GGAGAAUAUCAUUACGAAUACACAGAGUGUGGCUCUGAUGGUGGUAGAUGGCAUGUUCCAGUUCCUCACGAUGCAACUCAUUGUACCAUUAAGGCCAAACCACCAUUACACCAGAAAUCCUGUGGUAAGUGCAUUGAUCUUGCUGAAAAUAUGGUGCCGACUUAGUGCAUCUACAUAUUUUUCAUCUUUGAGAACUAUUCCUACACUAUAUGUAGUUGUUUCGUUAUAAUUUCAACUCAGUCCCAUGUGAAAAGACGUCUUCAGAUUUGGCUCUAUCCAUAGGGCGUAGGGGCGAAGUAAGGUGGGGGGAGGGGAGGGGAGGGGGGCGGUCAAACAUUUGCGAGAGGUUGAUUGGAUUUGCCAGACAUUGUCAUGAGUUCAUUGAUAGACGAAUUUAAGGCAAAUAGGUGGAACAAACUCCUAUAAAGACUCCGCGAGGAAAUACAAAGUCAAUCUUAAAAAGAUACGAGUACAUUGAAUUCUGGCGUUUCAUUCUUUAUGAUACGUCAAAAACUUAUCGCUAUACUGCCUGGAAAUUUACAUUUUAAUGAUGAAUAAAUCUCGCAUCUUGUAUCUCGCAUCUUGCAAGUCUGCCAACAAGCCGUCAACAAGUUGUGUUCGCACUGCUUGUCCCAAGUUGUCAACAAGUUUGGAACAAGCUGUUAACAACUUGUAACAAGCUUGUUGAUAUUGUCAGACUUGUUGCAAGGUUGUUCCAACAAGUCCGAUACAGUCAUGAUAUAACAAUAUUGUUACAACCUCGUGUCGUCAACCUUGUAACAUUCCUGUUAUAUCUUGACUGUAUCAGACUUGUUAGAACAACCUUGCAACAAGUCUUCUGAUAAUGUCAUCAAGCUUGUUACAAGUUGUUAACAGCUUGUUCCAAACUUGUUGCAACAACUGGGAACAAGCAGUGCGAACACAACUUGUCGACAGCUUGUGAACAGAUUUGCAACAACUUGUUUGCAGACCCGUGGAACAACUUGUGCGUUUUUACGCGUGUAAUAUCUCAACAUUAAUAUCUUGACGGGAAAGUAUUUACCAUUGGGAAAUGAAGGCUUGAUAACUUUUCCUAUUCUAUUCCACAAUGAGACAGUAUGCACAUUAAUGAAACAUCGAUUUCUUUUCUUUAGAUUCAAGUUGUCCCGGAGGACAGUAUUCUGAUGUUUCGUUGUUAACAGAAACAUGUAAACCAUGUCCUACGGGCAAACACAGCCUAGGUGGAGCUGUACACUAUAGCAACUGGACCGUCCUACCGCCAGAGUUUGAUACAUAUUCCGUGAAAAAUUAUGAUGAACUAAUGCAGAGCAGCGAUAAGGACUCUGGCUGCAAGUAUGUUAAUAAAGGUUUUAGAUCUACGAUGCGUCGAUGCGGCAAACAUUAACUCGACGACGCGUCACAAUUUCAGUGCUUUGAUUACUCGGCUGUAAUGAUUGCUUGAAGCUUUUUAAAAUAACGUUACGAAUAGCUACAGGAGAGACGAUGUGAUGUUGAUUUAAGGUUGACUUUAUGUAGCACAUCUAACGUCGCAAUAAGCUUUCACGUUGCUGAAAAUUAAGACGUGAUAAUGCUUAGCUUAACAAGUUGUAUUCAGAAUGACAACGCUGUUGAGGACACGCCUGGGACCACCAAUUAUUCAGUGACAUAGCCAGAGUCUAUACUUGGGGGAGGGGGGGGGCAAAAUUUAUAUGCCAUUUCUAGUGCGCGCCCUCUAGAUUCAUUAGAACGCUCUUUCACGUGUUUUAGGAUGAGGUUUGAAGAAAAGUUACUACCACAAAAAGCAAUUUUUAAGUCGCCGAAUGAAUUUUUUAAGUCGUCGAAAAAAUAUUUAUGUAAAACGUUAUACUGUAUACGCAAAUACAGCGAAAUAACACGAAAUAAUUCGUUUUUGUAAUAUUAAAAAAUAACGAAGCUCACUUGAAAGAACAUUUACAAAAUUACAGCAUCUGUAAUAUGAUUAUGUAUGAAUUUUUUAAAAUUAUCACAAGCAAUGUUAACAGUCACUUGAUCGACAUACAGGGGCGUAGGAAGCACCUGGAGUUUGGGGGGGCACCGGCUUGUAGGGGCACAUUACUAUCGGAAAGGGCACCUAAAAAAUUUUUCCCGGAAAUGUUGUCGACGGGGGGGGGGAGAGAAAUUUCUCCUGAGGAAAAUUUUCCGUCGUAUCAUACCGAAAUUUAUGUUUGUGACCUAAUUUUUAAAAAAAAUUUGUAAAUUUCCACACAAAAACGGCACCUAUUGUUUUAAUUUAGUAUUUACAGCGACAUUAGCUUCUACAAAAGGGGCACUUUUCCUCACAAAAAAGGGCACUUUUCAACACAAAAAGGGCACUUUUUAUCACAAAAAAGGGCACUUUUAGUCCUUUAAAAAAAUUUGGGGGGCACGUGCCCCCCGUGCCCCCCCGCUUCCUACGCCCCUGUCGACAUAGGUGUUUAUAGUAACUUACUGUUCAAGAACUGCUUUAAAAGAAUAUGUCGACAAUUACUCACAUGAAUAUCUAAAAUUUCGUUUACAGUUCCACGUGGAUAGCGGAUGGAAAAUUCGUGCGAACACAAGGAACAGCUUGUGUGACUCGCCUUACUUACACUACCAAUGUAAGUACUAGCUAUUCCGACUCGCAUAGUUUUGAAAUCAUCCAAAACUGAAUACACUGAACAUCCAAUCGUUAAAAUUAUUGUCGUUUUAGAUCAUCAAAGAUGAGGGUUCCAUCACGUUUUGGUAUUAUUACACAAAUGCAAACGAAAAUUUAUAUUUUGAAGUUUUUGUAAGUAUAUUCAUAGCCUGAACUAUUCACUGGUUGAUGUGGUACAACACUCUUUGAAAAACAUCGUGUAAAAAUGUCUUGGUUUAUCUAAAAUUAACACUGUUUCGGAUAACUUAAAGUUCCAGGUUAAAUUUCUUGGUUAAUUGAACUACAGUCCCGGCUAAGUUGAUCAUAGUCUUGGCCUAAUCUAACCAGGAAUUCUCGGUUAAUAGUCCGCCUAUCAUAAUCUGGUUAAUUCAACCAUAUACAGUACGAAGUUUUUUUAAAUCAACCUGGAAUCCUGCAUUGUCAAAGUAGCCUAUAUGAUCACAACAAAGUGUUAAUUUUAGAUUAACUAACCAAGGAUGUCUUUAGAGUGUAGCUACAUAUAUUGCAGAAGAUAGAUGGUGUUCAAGGUCAGAAAUUAUGUUUUCUUCAAUUUAGGUAAAAAAUGAGCAAUGUCAAAUUGCAAGACAACGUGGAGACGAUGAUGAAGAUGAAAACGAUGAUGACGAUGAUGAUAACGAUGAUGAUGAUGAUGAUGAUAAUUUUGGCGAGAUGUACAACAGUCCUGAACCAUCAUCUGAUUACAAGUGGAAGAAUUUCACAGUAAGUACAGGAACGAUAUCUGUUUUGAAAAUUACGUGCCCAGCCGGAAAGUUUUAUGUCAAAUCCUAAAUCUAAAGUGUUCGAUCGACAAUCAAACUUUGAGUUGUGUAUUUCGUUAUUACGAUAUUAGCUUUGGAUUCUUUCCCUAACCCUAACCCGGUAUAUAGAGUAUACAGUACAUAGAGUUGAUUUGAACUCAAGAUAUCUUAGUGAUGAACGAACAUCGCAAAUGUUAAGCAGGACAAAAAAUAUAAUAUAACCACAAAAAUAACAAAUUUCGCUGCUCCUCUGCAUACGGGCCGCCAGGAAAAAAGCUCACAAUUGAAAGAAAUACCUUUAGUGUUUUGGCUAGCAAGACUAGACCUCUUGAAGAGGCAACCUAGUGAUGUGAGUAUUGUGAGAUAAAUAUUUAACAACAAUCUGUGCACAUGAGAACAAAAAUCUAGUCAAGAAAAUCUUGCCGUGCACACGAGAAGGCAAACUUGUCACGGGAAACUUGUCAAGGAAAACUUAUUGACCGUAAACACGAGAAGGUAAACUUGUCAAAAAAAACUUGUUGACCGUACACACAAGAUGGUAAACUUAUCAAGGAAAACUUGUGGACAGAGGCCGCGGAAGCAUUUCGAAAGUGGAGGGGCAUUGGCCCAAAGGGGCACCUUUGUAUAUGAUCAAAAUCAAACGAUUUUAUGUCGUUUAUGCAGUCUCUAUAAUGCCGGAAAUGGCCUUUACAGAGUAUUUACUACUGCAAAGAGGGCACUUUCUUUCCAGCAAAAGAGGGCGUUCAUUCAAGAAAUACUUUUUUCGUUCAAAGAAACUUGUCAAAGAAAACUUUCUCGUCUGUACACGACGUUUUACACUUUGCAGUGUCAGGCAUAUCCAAUAGGAACAUUUUAUUUCUUUAGCUUAAAUUGAACCGUGGUAAGAAUUUAGUCGUUUGGGAGGUCGAACAUUGGGGAUUUGAAAGAGGAACAAAAUUUUCAAACAUGGUUUUCAUUCGAGAUAUAGAAGUAAAAGGUGGGUACAGAUUUUAAUUAUCCAACCAUCUUCUUAGGCAAAUGGUGGAUGAUUAUGAUACAAAUGAUAAAAUUAACCAGUAUGUUCACUGCAAAAUGUCCCUGAGUAUUUUAAGUGAAAUACUUGAGUAAAAUAAUGUACCGACAGACUCGACAGUGAGUCACUGUGCUUUAUUUCACUUGAGUUUUUGAGUGUUGCAAUACCGAUAUAUAGAAUUUCUUUCCGAGACAUUUAUCAUCCUAAUUUUUCUUAUUUGAUUCAGGAACUAGCACGUCGUCAGAAUGCGUGGACUGUCCUGCUGGCACUUUUGCAUCUAAGGAAGGAUCUGCCUGGUACAAAACAAACCUUCAAUUUUUAUAGCGAUUCCUUUUUAAUUUUUAAUCAACUAUAUUAAAAUAAGCUUAUAUCACCAUGUAUCACAAACAACACUUUGUGAUUUCAGCGAUAUGUGCUCAGCAGUAUCAUUUUCGCAAAUCAAUGGGGGUGGUCAAUUUGGGGCAUGGGAAGAUCUGCGCCCCACUCCAAUGAACUCCAGAACAGUUCUUGCUUCUCGCCCUAAAAUCAAAACCCUGGCCAUGUCACUUAUACUAUCAUAACCCAUCCUCCUAACACCUUCACCUGAACCUGUUCCACGAACCCCCGACACUUAAUUUCUUCUUGCAAAGCAAAAUUAAACCGUCUGGCGAAAGUAACAUAGAGAAGCGGCAUUGCUGUGCUUGGUUGAAUCUAGCCGAGAUCACUCAAAUGAAACUGUGUUGUAUCAUGUCAUGGCCUAUCGAAGGGGAGAUGGCUGUGAAACUCAUUAGAAUAACAAUAUAACUCAUUAUCUAUGUUAGUCAACGUUUAUUCAUAAAUCUGGUCCUUUCACCGUCACGUGUGUAUUGUAUUCGGCCAAAUCCACCAAUAACAAUUUCCAGUUUCCCCUUUUGUUCGAGUCACGGAUAGGUGACUUUCCUAAAACAUUGCUAUUGGUUAGUUGGGUAAAAAUACAAUACACAAGUGACGGUGAAGGACCAGACUUAUGAAUAAACGUUGACCAACAUAGAUAAUGAGUUAUAUUGUUAUUCUAAUGAGUUUCACAGCCAUUUUCCCUUCGAUAGGCUAUGGUUGUAUUAAGAAAUAUUUUCUUUUAAAUGAUUAUUUUUCAGGUGUGAACCGUGCCCAGAAAAUCUAGUUUCAGAUGCUGGUGCAGAGAAAUGCACCUCUUGCAACGAAAAAACCGAAUAUGCUCGUAAGUUACAACAAUAAAUUGAUAAGAUACCAGUGUCUGUGCCAGUGAUUUACACAAUUCUUGAUUUACAAUUACAGUAUAUGAUGUGUAAUCUAAAAUAUUUUAUCUAGCUCGAGGAAGCGCUGCGUGUCUCAAACGACCUGCUUGCAAAGAAACCGACUACAUCGAAACCUCUUCAGCAUGUGACAAGGACAACAAAGUAAAGUAUUUAAUACGUCUAUUCUUCGAUACAACCUGAUCUCUAUAGAUAAAUUAUUGAAUUUCGUCGACUUUAUGACUUGUAGCAAAUCUGCAGCAGACUUGUAGCAAUGCUGUCCCAACAACUUGUUAUCGUCCUGCAAUUCAACAAUUUGUCAACAAGUUGUGAGUGACAACCUUGUAGCAACUUGAUAAAAUAACAGCAUCGUUACAACUUGUUGACAAGCUUGCUACAAGCCUGUUGCGAACACUAAUUUAUGCGACUCGUUUGCACACAAAUGUAUCAACAGAUAACUUAUAUUUUCUUCCCCCAAAUCUGCUCAGAGGGAUCAUUCGUCUCUUUACAAAUCGAGCCAAUGAAAGCAUUUUUCAGAAUCAUUAUCUUUAUUUAGUUUCAAACAGUAUACAAGUGGAUUAAACCGAAAAUUUGCAGUGACGUCAUUGAAGGAGCAGUGAAGUUACCCGAGCCAGGACCGAAAGAAGAAUGUCCCCCAUGUAACCCUGGGAUGUACCUCAAUGACACUAAAUGUCUCUUCUGUCGUAAGGGAACUUUCAGUGAUGGAAAGAAACGUAAGUGUUGUUAUUUUGAAGCUUAUUUGGCAUUCUAGUCUGUAGGGUCGGCCAUGGGGUUUUGGGUAUAUAGGAUCUAAUGGGUAUUUAAUUCGAGUAUACUGUAUAUUCACGUAAAUGUUAUGACUAAUUUUGGGUAUUAGGUAUACAGCUUCUGCUUGUUUUAGGUAUUUUGAACAAAUUCUGACCGUAAUAAUAGGUAUUUUGAUCCAUAUUUAUCAGGUUUUUAGGAUACCACGACGCCCCUGGCUGACCCCUAGUCUGCAUGGCAAGACAUAAUUUCUCAAUUGAAUGCAGAAACUAAUCGGUCGAAAUGAUGCUUAAUAACAGCAGAAAUUGCUCGUCUAAGCACCCUCUGAGAUCUAAACAAUGGCCAAAGGCGGUGAGGGUUGAUGAAAAUCAAUGACUUUCAUCAACUCUCAUCAAUUUUAAGCUGGUCCAAUUUUAAUGAAAGUUGAUAAAAGUUUUUGAUUCGCUUGGAAAAUAUCCAAUAAACUCUCGUCAACUCUAUGAAAGACGUCAACUCUAUGUGCAAAAUACUAAAACUGUCUGUACCAGUGUAGGUAUAGUACCAAUGUGAAAAUGCUGUGCCGAGUGGUUAUAUUACUACCUUAAAACUACCUUGAGUUUCUGCUUGUUUUUUUAAGGUAGUAAUAUACUCAGCACAGCAUUUUCUAUGUGCAAAAGCUCUCGUAGAAACUCUCGCUUGCCAACUGCUACUUAUUUUAACCAGCGUUUGAGAACUUUGUGUUCAUCGGAACAACUGAUUAUAUCUGAAUACCGUCAACUGAUAUUUAUUAUGUUUGUAUUCAUAGCUUGCACAAACUGCCUGCCUUUCACUGCUCCAGUAUUGAACCACGAUUACCGUUCAUGGAAAAGCUGGCCUUCAACCACGGAGCAUUGGUGUUCAAGUUACGGUAUGAGGAACAUUCAUAAAUGAAGCGUCUUUUACGCCCCGUACAGAUUAGGAAAUCCAUUUAUCAUGCUAACUUUUGGACAAUAAUGGACCAUUUGCAUUAUAGACUACAUUUUGAUCAAAACAAGUCUAGCCAAAAAUUUCAGUAAUAUUCCGAAGUUUCUUUGCGAAAUGUUGUAAAAUGCGGAUAAAAUAGCCUUGCGAAGUUUGCCGUUUUUCAGUCAUUUUCUAUUACAAACAGGAAAUUGACAGCCCCAUGGGUAUUGGGCUGUCAAUUUCCCCCGCGUAAUGCAAAAUGACUGAAAAACGGCAAACUUCGCAAGGUUAUAUUAUCCGCAUUUUACAACAUUUCGCAACGAAACUUUGGAAUAUUACUAAUUUUGUGAUGCUCUUUCAAGCUGUGAUGAAAUGUUUGUCUAGACUUGUUAAGAUCAAAAUUUAGUCUAUAAUGCAAAUGGUCCAUUAUUCUCCAAAAGUUAGCAUGGCUAGCUUUGGAAAAAAUUGUCAGUAUUUUUGCCGUGUACACGAGCGAAUAAAAUUUGUCAAGGAAAACUUGUUUGUUUGUACUGAGGUGUACAUCGAGAAGGUCUUCAUACUUCAUGCGAUAAACUUUUCAUUCUAGUCAAUGGCUGUUCGACUCCCACUGGAUGGCAACUCCGAGGUCACUAUUUGGACAGCGGUCUUGGUCAUUCUGAUGACGUCACUAUGUAUUUUGAAGUGAAGACCGUGGGUUUUGCCGGUGAACGAGGCCUGGUGUCUAGAACAGCCAGCGCAGUGGGAAGUGUAAGAAUUGACUUCGAACUGGACUGCGAUGGACCUUGCGUCUUCACUAUGUAUGAAGUAAGGACCACACCCUAACCUUGUCCCAGCCUUGUUCAAUGGUUUUAUAAAUUAUCAAGCCAAGUGGUGCUUAUAUUCUUGUGAAUCAGACUGUGUGAUUCUGUAUGGGACAGCGAUAAGCAUGCAUCGAACUGAUAUGUGACUUUGAAUACAUUGGCAUUUGGAUCAUUGGCGAAUCCAGCCCGACAAUUUGGUCAUACUAUGCAAAUAUUUCCGUGUUCAUACACCGUCAAAACAAUCAAUUUCUAAAGAAAUGAAUAAUGAUAAUGAUUUAACAUUUGCAUAGCAUGACCAAAUUGUCUGGCUGGCAUCGCCACUGAUUCGAGUACUUAUUUUAGCAUAUAGGUAUUACUGUCCGCUGGUGAAAAAGUUCUGCGUACGGUACCGUACGUAAAGUUCAUCAUAUUUAGCAUCAAACCUUGUUCCAUUUUCUUACAUUACAGAGAAGCCACGCUGAUGUUAAUGGCAUAUUGUCAAUCAACCAAUGGCAUGGGAGAGAGCCCAGGCAGAACUACACGUAAGUAUUAAAAAACCAUAAUUUCACAUGAGAACAGUAUGUCGAUUUUGCGAAUAAAAUGCUUAGUAUUAUUGACUAGACAGUGUUUUCAUGCAUAUCAGACAUGUUUCGCUUCUCCGGUUUAAGUAAAUGAAUCCCUGAACAAAUUACAUUCACGAUCCAACGUUUCAACACUCCAGUCUAUUGUCUUCAUGCAACCAGGUUUAAUAUCAGACAUGUUUUGCUACUCUGGUUUAAAUAAAUGAAUCCCUGAACAAAUUUCAUUCACUGAUGACCAAGCGUUGCAACACUCCAGUCUAGUGUCUUCAUGCAACCAGGCAUAAUAUCAGAGAAAGGACGUCACAUCGCGAUUCUUUUUGGAAGCAUAAAAAUCCAUAUCAUGAUGUGCCAACCUUUCAUCUGUUUCAGAUAUGCCGUCACUAACAAGGGACCUGUGACUUACCGUUGGCAGUUCAAGAAGGCGAAAAAUUCCGCUUACGAUCCUGACGGAAAGACUUUCAAAUACAUUAAGGAUAGGUUUGUAUUGAACUGCAAUAUGUAGAAUAAAACUAUGGCCGAGUAGCACAAAUUGAUAGCAUUAAUCCUUUUACUGUAGAAGGCAUCUUGCAUUUUAGAAAAUAGAUUAUUAGCCGAUUAUUUUGUUUUGUAAAGUAGUCAUUCGCUCCCCAGCGAUGACUUACAUGUAUAUAAUUCUCCAAACAUAAUUAAGAAUUAUGAUAUUGGACAUUUUUGAAUUCGGUUAUUUCUGUAUGGAGCCAAAUAUAAGCUUUCAUGUUUUAUAAUUAUUCUCUGGUGUAGGGUGAAAAUUUAUGCUGUGUAUCUUUCCAACACUUUGGAUGGCGGUGCCGCCGUUUGCCGUGAGUGUCCUGUAGGGAUGCAUGAAUCAGGGUAAGUUUAUGGUUGUUGGUUUGCUGUUAAUAAUUGUUGUCGUUGUUGGUCGUUGUCGUUGUUGCUGUCGUUGUUGCUGUUGCUGUUGCUGUUGCUUUUGUUGUUGUUGUUGUUGUCGCUGUCGCUGUUGCUGUUGCUGUUGCUGUAGUCGUCGUCGUCGUCGUUGUCGUUGUUGUCGUCAUUGUUUCUCGAGUUUUCACUUGCUAGCUUUGGUAGACUUGCUAAAAUAUCUUUUCAUUUUCUUUAUACAGUUGUGUGGAAUGUCCUGAAGGCCACUACAUCGAUACUCUGAAGAAGAAGUGCGAACCAUGUCCGAAAGGUAUCAUCUAAAUCUCUCGUUGGACACAACUACUUAGAGUUUCUUAUUUCAGUGUUACUACAUGAUGAAACCAUGCAUUAGGGCCGUAAUAUUAUUACAGUAGAUAUAGUCCAGUAUAACUGCAACACUGAAGAAACCAGAUUAUAUGAGAAAAAAUGUUCUGCCUUUUUCAACGGUCUGGUAUAGUCAGUAUGUAAAUUCUUCGUUGUUAUGUUGACUACUUUUUACGAUAUGUUUGCUUAUAGAUACUUAUCUUAGCAAGAAUAAAUGUUUAAAGUGUGGUCCUGGAUUAACAAGGUAGAGAACAUUAAAUUUACUUUCUCAAUGAAAGAAAUUUCUUCACCAGCGCUAAGUUGUAAUUAAUUGCAAUUCAAUCUACAUUACUUUAAUUAACUACCUCUGAAAACUUCAAAACCUCUGGAACUCUUGCCUAGAACGUAAAACAUUUGAAAACUUGGUUUAAACAUCCACAAUUCGUUGAAAAUUGUGGAGAACUAUUAUUGUUUUCUUCUUUUAUAGCAAUGUAGCCUCGACGAAGUGUUUUUCCAGCUGUCACUUUCAUGGAAAACACGGACGCCAUAUUGAUUUCAAAGGCUUAGCCGGGUAAGCCAUUGUAUUAUUGUAAUCCUGCCGAAAACGAACUGUAACUAUACACGUAAAAAUCUCACAACUGACUUGUCAACAAGAUGUGUUCGUAACAGGCUUGCAGCAAGCUUGUCAACAAGUUGUAACAAUGUUGUUAUUUCGUCAAGUUGCUACAAGGUUGUCACUCACAACUUGUUAACAAGUUGUCGAAUCGCAGGACGACAACAUUUAGUUGAAACAACUUAUAACAAGUCUGUUGAGCUCAAUAACCUUGUAGCGAGUUGUCAACAAGUUGUAACAAUGCUGUUCAUCAAGUUGCUACAAGCUAGGUUGUCACUCACAACUUGUUGACAAAUUGUUGAAUUGCAGGACGAUAACAAGUUGUUGGAACAAUUUAUAACAAGUCUGUUGAGCUCAGCGACCUUGUAGCAAGUUGUCAACAAGCCGUUGACUUUACUUUUGUGCGAUAAUCAGUAGGUGUGAUCCCCAAAUUUUUAAAUCAAAUAUCUGUUUUGUAUAGAGCCCAUACAGCUCAGACUCAAAAGUCAUUCUUCACAGAAGGCACCGCCUUUAUUUACGAAUAUCACAUCAAUCUAUGCGGUGUUGACGCACCUCCAGCCAGUUGCCAUAGUAAUGCCACAAUUUUACAUGGUAAACAGGUGAGGAAAAAGUAAACAAAUUGAUAAUAUUAUACAUACAACAAUAGACAUAGGGCUAGCAGAAUUGUUUCGCCCGAUCUGAUGUGAUGUUCUUUGCCUUCGUCUUCCAAACCCCUGUGUGAGUACCAAAGCCUGGUUUCUAGAAAUAUGGUCGUAUAACGGUCGUAAAGAUUGAGUCAAGAUAUUUCUCAUCAGCCGAAAUACAACAUUUUAGAACUGAAAAUACGCGGAGUGAUUAUAACUAGAGAAUACUUAUGAUUUAUAUGUGGUUUACAGGUAUAAACUAUUAUAAACUGGCCGUUGAGAAAGAUCGUUACUCUAUAUUUUUCUUGUACGGAAAAUGAUUUGGUAAUUGUUUUAUAAAAUGACUUCAGUGAAACAACGGUUAACGUUAUUAAAAUCAUGUUUUCUCCAAGAACAAUUGGUGUUUAAUUUUAGCUUUUAUUUUAGGGAGUACAAUAUUUGAACGCAAGCAUUUGUCAGAUGCGUGUUAUACCAAGCAAGAAUAACGGUCCGGCCAUGUCGACUAAUUUAGCUGGGUAAGCCUGUGUAAACAGUCUCUGGCUGGAACAAAACGUUUCGUAAAAGUACUCGAAUUUUCUCGAACGUGUAGAAAUGCGGCAAUGACUUCUAACAACUUGGUUUUGUAAUUUUCAGCAUUGGUCAUCAGUUGAUGGGUAUUUUUGAAGAGAAGCCGGAGAAUGUUUCGUUGGAUGUAUUUAGAGAUGAAAAAUUGUCGAAUGAGUCGUUGCUGUACUUUGAUUAUUUAUCUCAUUCGUAAGUACACAGUGAUUAAAAAUAAAAUAAAAUAAAAUAGUUAAGACUUAGAUCUUCAAAAUAUUUAUAUUUGCCGAUUUUAUACUUUGUAUUGUGAUAAACUAACGUCUUUUACAUGAACUUAUUUUGUAGAAGUUUUAUCAACUCUAUUUUUCUAUUGUAGAACGACUCCAUCUUGCCCAAAUGGUCGAUCUGCGUGGAUUAUUUUACGAUGCGAUCCUGAUACCAGUGGAAAAGUAAGGGCAUCUCUGUUAUCCAAUUUAUAUAAUCUAUGAUCAUCAUUCCCAGAUUGAAAAUAAUCCGAUUCGGCUUAGUUUUCCCAAUCGUACCUCACCACAAAUACAUUGAGAACAAGGGUUAAUUGUUUCUUCUUUAUACCAGCAUUUAAAUCGUUCAAUUUUAUGGACAACUAGACCAGAAUAUUUCAAUCCUUUAUUUCCCCAAUUAAAUCAUUCGUCUGUGUUUCGUUUCUCAGGGAACAAUUAAAUUUCCCCCGGAAUGCCAUGAAGGAACUUGUGAUGGCUGUCAGUAAGUAGGAGUUAUGUUGUUGUUUUCAUAAUCGUGAAUCUUCACCUGAAAUUGCACCGUCGAGUUUACCAAAUCAUAGAUCUAAACUGUUGAGAUUUACGUACAUAUUUAUACCUAUUUUAUUCUUCAAGGUUUUUGUUUUUGUGGCACACAAAGUACGCUUGUCCGUUAUGUACUGAGGACAAUUACCACGAGCUGGAGUCUGGAUGUAUGGUAUGUGUCCCUAGAGUAUGUUCCUAGAGUAUGUUCCUAGAGCAUGUUCCUAGAGUAUGUUCCUAGAGCAUGUUCCUAGAGCAUGUUCCUAGAGCAUGUUCCUAGAGCAUGUUCCUAGAGUAUGUUCCUAGAGUAUGUUCGUAGAGCAUGUUCGUAGAGCAUGUUCCUAGAGCAUGUUCCUAGAGCAUGUUCCUAGAGCAUGUUCCUACAGCAUGUUCCUAGAGUAUGUUCCUAGAGUUUGCUAACUUAAUUAGAUAAUUUAUCUCAUUGUUAAACGCCCGUUGAAGACCGCAGUCUGGCAGUCGAAAUCUUGGAAAAUAAAUAUAUAUUUUAUUUUCGUAUUUUGUAAUUUCUUUUAGAAUAGUAAAAAGCAUAUUCACUACAGCUGGAGGUCAACACCAAAGUAAGAAAAUAGAGUGUUCUAUAUAUAAAUGGACAAUGCUUUUUAGAAAUCAAUGAUUCUACAAUCUCAAUGAAGUUUUUCUUAUAUUAAAAGUUGGUUCAAGGCUGUCUAUUGACUACUCAUUGUUACUCGUUAAAAUUUAGAAAAUGCGUGGGCGGCGUGGCAAUUCCAAAAAUGAAGACUCUUCCUUGUAGCGACAUGUCGGUCCACGAGGCUGUCAAACAGUUUCAGGUAAAACUCCCUUCUCCACUGGGGCCUAGUGUUAAAAAUGCCCAAAUUAAGAAAUGAACCAAAUCACUAAAAAUACCACCUCAAAAUUAGUAAGUAUGCGAAGUUUGAACACGUUUACAUGAAUAUCCUUCGAAUAAUAAGCUUUCGAAAAUCCGAUAUUUACUAUGAAAUGUACUGUAAUUUUUGUUUUUGGGGACGCGCGUCCCAAUCAGUAAUUUCAUAAUUUUCAAAAGCUUAUUAUUGGAAGGGUAUUCAUGUAAACGUCUUCAAACUUUGUAUACUAACUAAUUCUGAGGUGGUCUUUUUAGUUAUUUGGUUCAUUUCUUAAUUUGGGCACUUUUUGACACUCAUCCCCAGUCCUCUCAUCAACUUCGGAAUGGCUAAUUCGACUGUAAAUUCUGAAUCUAACGAAUUGUAAGUUCAGAUCAACCAGCAAAUUGACUACUAGUACUAGCCCAUUUCCACCACUAUGGAUAAUUCUUUCCCGCAGAGCGUUUUUUUUCUAAGUGUCCCUUUGUCGACAUCACCAUCGCUUUUGCUGACGUAAUAUAAUCGCUAAUCGUCAGAUUAUAUCCAGGUAAUCGGACGAUGUUCGACGAUGCUGAACAAGCCUUUAGUUAUAACGUUUUAAUUUUUUUAAAAUCAUUUCCAGUUAUUGAUUGGGAUUGUCGCGUUUGUGUUGACCGCCAUUAUUGCCACUCUUUUCUUCCUUUGGUACAAAAACCGAGUGUAAGUAUCGGCUCCUAUAUACUGUUAUUUGUUCUGAUAUAUAUAUUAACACAUCCUGCUGCUGUUCUUGCACUUCCAAAUGUUCCUUGAAAAAAUGCGGUUUUGGGGCUGCAAGUUUCUCCUCUUCACUUCUAGGCUGAAGUACAAAUUGUAUCAUCGCGUUGCUGUCAAUGAAUCGAAUCAAGCCGAAGAACUUCCCGCAGCCGAGAGCUGUAUGGCUGACGAAGAUGAAGAAUUUGGAGAGGUGAGACAAUAGGGCCAUUUAUACGAGACAAAAUAAGACGCGACUUACAUAAGACGCGACUUAAAUAAGCGGAGUUAUCGCAUAAAUGGUUCUCUAGGGCUUUAUUCUUAUUUACUUGCUAUAGCUAUAAUGUUGUUUCGGUUGUUUUUUUUUUAAUAUGCAAGGCUAAUAAUUUUAAGUUGUUUCAAGUUUCUGGCAUGUGUAAUUAAACUUUUUGUCCAAAAUUUCUUAUUUAAGACGCGACUUAGAUAAGAACAGCUAAAAGGCCUGUUCUUAUGUAAGACGCGUCUUAUCCAAGACGCGUCUUACAUAAGAAUUUUGUACCUUUUAUACGACAAACUUGCGUCUUACCUAAGUCGCGUCUUAUGUAAGUCGCGUCUUAUUUUGUUCCGUAUAAAUGGCCCUAUUGAUAUUUUAUAUAAUUAUAUACCAACGUCAAACCUGGUUUUCAUUAUCAACUAUCAAAGUAUCUAUGAUCACACUAGGAAUUUUGGAUGGGUAAAUUUUUGGUUUUUUAAAGGAUUUGUAAGAAAUGUUUCUGUUCCAGAGGGAACUGGUUGGGGUUUAACAGUGAGUCGGUUUCCUCAAACAUUUCUUACAAAUCCUUCAAAAUGUGAUAUCUUCGGAAAUACGUAUACUCGGUUAAAUUGUAUGCUGUUCCAUUGACCCCCAUGCCAAGAGGGUGUUGAUGGGUUAUAUCGUGAGUCGUAAUUUACUCAGUUUCGUGAAAACACUAACAAUUUUAUCGUGAAGCGUGAGGAAAAAAAUACUGUUCAUUGUUUCAGAACACUUUUCAAAGAUUUACCGUUAAAAUACCAAAAAUUUUACCGUUUACUGAUUUUAAGACACCCUCCCCCCCUCCCAUCUAGACCCUCUGCCAAUAUAGAUCCGAAAAUGUCCUGAUUUCUCUAACGAAAGAUCUUGCCAAUCUUAUUCACAGAAAGUGGAAUUCAAAAAGGGACGAAAUCCGGGGAAGAAUCUUUUGAAGAAAUUGAAAGACAUGCGCACAGAUAAGGUUAGAAAUAUUUUUUAAUACGUUUGAUCGAAACUAGUCCUGGACACAUUAAAACCUUUACGAAUCACCUGCAAUAUUGAGCAGGCUUUAAUUAAUACUUGAAUGUACUCCUGACAGGACGAAGGAAUGAGAUUAUCCGAUUCAUUUGAAGUUGAUUUGAAUUAA